GCCCCUCUCCCGCCGGCCGAGCCCCGGAGCGCCGCUGCCGCCGGGGUGUGAGCGGGGCCCGGCGCCGUGCCGGGCCGUCCCUCGCCGGCGGGGCCAUGGCCGCGAGCGCCAAGCGGAAGCAGGAGGAGAAGCACCUGAAGCUGCUGCGGGAGAUGAGCAGCCUCCCGCCCAACCGCAAGUGCUUCGACUGCGACCAGCGGGGCCCCACCUACACCGACAUGACCGUGGGCAGCUUCGUGUGCACCUCCUGCUCCGGCAUCCUGCGGGGCUUGAAUCCACCCCACAGAGUGAAGUCGAUUUCAAUGACUACGUUCACACAACAAGAAAUAGAAUUUCUGCAGAAACAUGGAAAUGAAGUGUGCAAACAGAUUUGGCUAGGCCUAUUUGAUGAUAGAUCAUCAGCAAUUCCAGACUUCAGGGAUCCACAGAAAGUAAAGGAAUUUCUACAGGAAAAAUAUGAAAAGAAAAGAUGGUAUGUUCCUCCAGAACAAGCAAAGGUGGUGGCAUCAGUCCAUGCAUCCAUAUCGGGGUCUUCUGCCAGUAGUACAAGCAGCACACCUGAGGUGAAGCCACUCAAAUCUCUCUUGGGAGAAGCUGCACCCACACUGCACUUAAACAAGGGCACACCUAGCCAAUCUCCUGUUGUAGUUCGAUCUCAAGGACAGCAGCAACAAGAAAAGAAACAAUUUGACCUCCUCAGUGACCUUGGCUCAGAUAUCUUUGCUGCUGCUCCUCCUCAAUCCACUGCUACAGCGAAUUUUGCUAAUUUUGCACACUUCAACAGUCAUACAGCGCAGAACUCUGCCAAUGCAGGUUUUGCAAACUUUGAUGCAUUUGGACAGUCUAGUGGCUCGAGUAAUUUUGGAGGUUUCCCCACAGCAAGUCAGUCUCCUUUUCUGCCCCAAAAUACAGGUGGAAGUGCUGGAUCAGUGAAUGCUAAUUUUGCUCACUUUGAUAACUUCCCCAAAUCCUCCAGUGCUGAUUUUGGAUCCUUCAAUGCUUCUCAGAGCAACGCCACAGCAACUGCAGCCAGUAAAGCUGCAGUGAAUAAAAUGAAUCUUCAGUCAGCUGACAAAUAUGCAGCUCUUGCUAAUUUAGAUAAUAUCUUCAGUGCAGGGCAAGGUGGGAGUGAGCAGGGCAGUGGCUUCAGCACAGCCGUGUCCUCAGCAGGCCCUGCGCUGGCCGCCCCCAACCAGUCAAGUGCAUCUUCAGACAAGUACGCGGCGCUGGCGGAGCUGGACAGCGUCUUCAGCUCCACGGCCACCUCCAGCAGCGCCUACACUGCCACCAGUAACGUCAGCAGCAAUGCUUUUGGAACAGUACCUGUGGCUGCUACUGCACAGACACAGCCUGCAUCUUCAAGCGUGCCUGCUCCAUUUGGAGCAACACCUUCCACAAAUCCAUUUGUAGCUGCCCCUGUUGCCCCAGUGGCACCUUCAACAAAUCCAUUCCAGACCAAUAGCCGAGGAGCAACAGCAGCAACAUUUGGUACUGCAUCCAUGAGCAUGCCGGCAGGAUUUGGAACUCCUGCCUCCUACAGUCUUCCUACUAGUUAUAGUGGCAACUUCCAGCAGCCCACGUUCCCAACCCAGGCAGCUUUCCCUCAACAGACUGCUUUUGCUCAGCAGCCAAAUGGAGCAGGUUUUGCUACAUUUGGGCAAGCAAAGCCUGUAGUAACUCCUUUUGGACAAGUUGCAGCUGUUGGAGUAUCUAGUAACCCUUUUAUGGCUGGUGCACCAACAGGACAAUUUCCAACAGGAAGCUCAUCAACCAAUCCUUUCUUAUAGCCUUAUAGACACUUUACCCAAAAGAACUCUUAUGUGGUCACAUAACAUCUCUGCGCCUCUUGCACUGUUGUCUUGUUUCACUGAUAUUAGCUUUAAACACAAAAGAAGUCUUUAAGAAGUAAAAAUAAAAGCCUGCAUUGUGUACCUUUAAAAAAUUUCAAAAAGAAAAAAAACCACCCGACACAAAAAACAAGAGAACCAACCCCCCACCAGGUAAUAACGUGCAAAACAGAGGGCUGUGGUAACAUCCUUGAACCUGUGAAGUGGCAGGUAAAAAGUAGCGGUAUCAUGUGUAUUAAAAUUGGCUAAUAAGUUAUUGCAGAUACCACACUCAUUAUGCUGCAGUACUGUACAUAUUUUUCUUAGAAAAUAGCUAUUUGUGCAUAUCAGUAUUUGUAACUUUAACACAUUGUUAUGUGAAAAAUGUUACUGGGGAAUAGAUCAGCCACUUUAAGGUGCUGUUGUAUCUCUUGGAAUGAAUGAGCUGCAUCAUUUUAACCAUUGGUAUUGGAAGUCACAAAGUUAAAUUGAAGGUUUGUUCAUUUCUCAAAAUGUUUUCCUUUCCUAAGAGCUCUUCUAUUUAUACAUGCCUAAAUCUCUAAUGUUAGAGGGAUACCUGUCUGCAUAAUAAAGCUGAUCAUGUUUUGCUACAGUUUGCAGGUGAAAAAAUAAAUAUUAGAAAAAAAAAACUGUGUAGCAUUAUUUCUGUGCAGUAACACUUACUGGAUGAAAAUGUUCACAGUGUGUCUUGUACACAGAUGAGGUGUCCAAAGCAAUGUGUUUAAAAGUGAGUUAAGCUUAAAAUUUUAACAUGUCUCACUUGGAUCUGUUUCUUUGUGUCCUUGAGAGGAAGCUUGCUGUUCUAGUUCAGGUGAAGUGACCUGUCCCACAGGAGAGUGUUAGGUGAGGUUUAGAUUGUUUGUUUGCACAGAGUAUCUGUCAUGAAGGACACUGGAAGCACUGUGCAGGGUAGUUAUUGGAGAUAAGGUUUGCAGCAAAAGACACCUUAUUAUUGGUAACUAAUGACAGGCUCUGAACAAGCCUUAGUUGUGGUCUGAACAGAGUGUGUAACAGCAGGCCAAGGGACCACAGAUGUAAUAGCCCUCUCUUUAUUAAAAACUGAUACAUAUCUAAGAGCUCCUGUGAAAUAUUAAAUUUGUCUUUUUUUUUUUUUUUUUUAAUUUACAGAAAUAUUUCCUGCCAUAUUAGAGUGAAAUUUGUAGCAGGAAAAAUGUCUGGCUUGUCUUCCUCUGUAACAGUGAUAAAGUUCAAGAAAAAUAUAACAGCAUCAAAGUAGUUGGUGUUUUAAACAGAGAUAAUUUGACUAAAGUUAAAGUGUAAUACUGGAACUAAGCAAAUAAUGUAAGUAUUUUGUGAAUACAUAAACUGCAAGCAUAAAGGUUUCUGACCAGCUGGAGAAUAAAAUUUUAACUUUCAGGAUAACAGGAAUAAAAAAAGGUGAGAUUAACUUUUAAAAAAAAGGAGAUGCCAAGUCCAUUUGAGAUAAACACGAAAAUUCUUCAAGGUAAGACAUUUCACUUUUAAUUGACUCCCUGAAUGUCAGAUAUGUUUUUCUAGGGUAUCUGUAAAGUUUGACCUCUGCUUGUAAAAACAUUUAUGCUAAUGCUUUUGACUUCUGUUGCCUGCCUAUGGUGAGGUUGUAAUUUCUUCUUGUUUGUUUUUGUUUUUUAAACUUUGGAGAUACCAAGCAGGAGACAGGCAGCUCAUAAAACAUGCUGCCUGUAAGUUUUCCAUACUUAAGUGUCAGUUUUUGUCCUGUUGGCUUAUUUAAAAUGGGCUUGAAGUCUCUCUGUAUCUGAUGAAGAAUGCUGGACAGUGUGGUGUACAGUUCAGUUCCCAGCAUUCUCGAGGGAAUUCACAGAACAAAUCCCAGCAACUGGAGGUUUGCAGAGUAUUAGUGAUAGCCUUUUUCUCACCACUGUAUUUUAGCACAGUGUAAAUAGUUGUUUACUCUUCCCCGUUCACCAACCUUGACUGUUUUGGAUAGUAAGAGGUAAAUGCAGUAGAGAAUGGGGAACUGCAAGGGUUCAGCAGGGCUUGUGGAAUACUUAAAAAUGCUUAGUGCAGAGAACUGGACCAAAUCAAAGAGAUGUCUUUUCAAGGAGCUGAAAAGUGUUAUGAAAGAGCAAUAAUUCUGUUCCCUCUUCACUUAGACUGUUGUAAAUCAGACUUUGGACAAGGGCUAAUGAGAUCAGCAUCUAGACAUUGUUUUAAUCCAAAUAUUACUUCUGAGAUACUGAAACUGAUUGAAGUAUGCAAGGCAUGUAGUUUAGAAUAUGCUGUAGAACUAGUAGAAUACCUUGUUUUUCAUAAUUUGAGUUAACUGCAGACGAAAGGUUUGCAACUUUUAACUGUACACGAGCACACCUCUUUAGUCUGUGUUCACUGAUUUUAGGUUUGUCAGAUUCCAGAUAAAUUGAAGAUCUUGUAUUGUUUUGCAUCUUCUGUAUAUGGAGCAUAAACUGACACCAUAGGUGUUUUGAUUAGGUUUUAAAAAUAGCUUUAUUUUAAAAAUUAAUUCUUCACCCCUGAUUUUAAAUAUAUUUAUUGUGGAAAUUUAUGCAGUUGUUCCCACGAUUGUUCAUGCAAAUAGCGUCAUUGCCUAAAAGCUGUAUUUUCGGGCUGUAGCAUCAAAGCACUUCACUUGAUAACUUUAGGCCCCUUAUACAGAAAUUAAUAUGAAGACCUCCUAGAGUAGACUUCAGUCCUAAAAUGUCAGCUGUUACAAGUGUAAGAAGAUGCAACACUUGCAGGACCAGCCUGAGUUCUGUAAGGCAGACACCAUGUCCAGUUGAAAAAGUGUUAAGUUUUCCAAAAGCCUCUGUGUGCCAAAUUUUCUGACGUGUCAUUGUCUGGUACAACUGCUUUAGAUUCCUUGGGCAUGUCUGGUCUUCUGUCAGUAACUAAAUUCCUUUAUACUGAGAUACUCAGAAGGAGGGAAAGUCCCAAGGUUGUUCUGUGAGUUCCUCUGGUGUGAAGUUUAGGCAUCUGUAUGUCCUUGUGCUCACCGAGUCUUAAUAGCAGUUUGUAUGUUGGAUCACUAAACUUGAAUUAGAAGACUGUUUGAGGAAUAUUUGUAUUAAACUCCUGGUGAAGAAAAUGGA